AUGGAAAAUGCGGAUGUGGAAGAUGAUGGGAUAGAGACAGGAAAUAUGGAAGCGAUAAAUCAUGAUAAUGAGAUAGAGAAUGUAUAUAUUAUAGAGGAUGAUGAGAAUGAGAUAGAGGAUGAGACGAUAAUGAGAAUGAGAUAG